AUGGAUUUUUUUCGUCAUCCACCUGUAAUAGUUUGCGGACAACCUUUUCAUCCUGAUCCUCGUGGUUUGGGCGUUAUGAUAGCUCCUGAUGUUGCUGUAUACCCAAGUAAUGCAUUUGUCUCAAGACCACCUACUGACUUAAGACCUCCGUAUGUCUUUAUACCUCCUAGCGAUGUAGAUGGAAAUUCUCAUGCACGAGUAAUUUGUGAAGUAGCCAUAGGCCAAAGUAUUGGUCGUUUGAAACAAAAGUGUUUUACCUGGAUGCAAGAACAAUACGUCCGUGCUGUAAUCAGUAUCAAGAUUUUAGAUCCAAGACGAG